AUGUCUCCCUCACUAUGGAGCCUCAUGAAGCGCUCAGGAUCUGACCAGACGUCGCCUCCCUCUCGAAGAACAUCGCCAACUGGUCGUUCCAAGCUCCAGAAAAUGGCCCCGGGACUCACUGUUAACUCCAUCGACUCUCGUUCGUCGGGCAGUAGUUUCGACACUGCCUCGCAGUUUUCCUAUACCAAAGACGAUGACUAUGCAAGCUUCAUGAGCGAUGUGCUGGUUGUUGGCGCUGGACCUGCUGGUCUCAUGCUUGCCGACAACCUCGUGAGAUACGGCAUCAAGACAAGGAUCAUCGAUGAUCGACCAGACCGUACGUCGACUGGCCGUGCCGAUGGCAUCCAGCCCAAGACCAUCGAGACCUUGCGCCAAAUGCGUAUCGCCGAGCCCCUCCUGCGAAAGGGUGUCAAGAUAUACGACAUUUCCUUCUGGAAGUCCUCGACCCACGAGUCGCUGCACCGAACAGGACGCGAGAUCCACUACCCGCCUGUGGUUGACCUCCUCGAUCCGUACAUCUUGUUGGUCCAUCAGGGCAUGGUGGAAGCUGUUUUCGAAGACGACCUUCGGGAACGAGGCACCACCGUGCUGCGCAACACAGCCUUCGAAAGCCUCGAGUACACGCCGCAAAUGAUACGCCCGUUGACCGUCUGCUGUAAGCAGGACGUGAACCAGGCUAAGAAGUCGUUCGCAACUCGAUACGUUGUCGGUUGUGACGGCGCCCACUCGAAGGUGCGAAAGGCUAUCCCAGGCUCGACGCCCGUCGGAGCUUCCUCUGACGAUGUAUGGGGUGUUCUGGAUGGUGUGCUAGACACGGACUUUCCAGACAUCUGGAGCAAGGUGGUCAUUCAGUCAGAGACCUUGGGCUCGGUCCUGAUGAUUCCACGAGAACGUGGGUUGACGCGACUAUACAUCGAACUUCGACCAGGCUCAGAAGAAGCCGUGUCGGCAGGCGAACAAACUCCCCAGGAAUUCGUACAGAGCCGUGCACGAGCCAUUCUACAGCCUUACAGGUUGGAGUGGAAAAGUGUUGAAUGGUUCGGGCGCUAUAAGAUUGGACAGAGGGUAGCUUCCAAGUUCACUGAUGACGAGCGAAGAGUAUUCAUCGCUGGAGACGCUAGUCAUACGCAUUCGCCCAAGGCUGCACAGGGUAUGAACACGUCGAUACACGACUCGUGGAACCUGGCAUGGAAGAUGAAUUUCGCAGUUCGUGGCCUUGCCAAGCCUAGUCUGCUGGAAAGUUACGAGCAGGAACGCAAGAAGAUCGCUCAGGAUCUCAUUGACUUCGAUUACGAACAUGCCAAUGCCUUUCACGAGGGCGACCCAGCGGCCCUCGCUGCAAACUUCACCAAGAACGUUGCUUUCAUUUCUGGUUACGGGGUCAGCUACACGCCAAACAUCGUGAACGUCCCCGUUAAAGGGUACACUCGAGGUCACCUCACACCAGGUUUCCUCCUUCCUCCGGCCAAGGUCACACGCUUCAUUGACUCGAAUCCUAUUGAUAUCCAGACCGAUAUCCCUGCACUCGGACAGUUCCGCAUUUACUUCUUCUGCCACAACGUCCUGGCAGCCAUGCCUUUCCUGGAGACGGUUUGCCAACAGCAGUCCGGUAUAGGCUCCUACGUUGGCCGCAUUACCGCCGCAGCCAACGCUUCGUACACUAUGCAGCCACCACUUGCAGCACCGCAUGACCAGUUCGUCAUUCCAGAGCGCUACACGCCCGUCAGCGGCACCUUCACAUACGCUCUCGUCACAGAUCAGAACCGCGAUGAGAUCGAGAUCAAGGAUCUGCCACCCAUCUUGCGUGAGUCUGCGUGGUCGUUCUACCUGGACGAUGUGCCCCACAAGGACACCCGUAAGCAGACCGUCAUGGAUAAGUGGCUUGAUGGACUCGAUGAGAACGAGGUUGUAGUGCUCAACGUACGUCCUGACGGCUAUGUCGGCACAGUGCGCAGGUUCGCAAGUGGAAGUCGAGAGAACGGCACGGUCGCCGUCAACUGGAUGGAUGACUACUAUGAAGGUUUUAUGAGGGACCAGUAG